CGUUCUGCACACCUCCACCCGGCACACAGCCCACUUCAGGACCACCAGCACGUCCAGUCCUUGCAAGCCCGUCGCAGCCCCACAUAUCUAGCACACCCACAGCCACAUCGCCCUCGUCCAUUCGCCUCUGAGCUGCCCAUCUCACCUCGCACCCGGUGCUUUAUGCGUGCCCCCAGUAUCUGCCUAACUCUAUCAUGACAUCCACAGCGACGUCUUCCGGAACAUCGUCCGCCGUGGAGGCCGUGCGGCCCCCCGUAGUCGAGACGAAAUCCAAGGAGCCCUGGCUGAGCCCGCAGCUCUCAUCGUACUUCAUCGCGGGCGGGAUUGCGGGCGCGGUAUCGCGGACCGUGGUGAGCCCAUUGGAGCGACUCAAGAUCAUACAGCAGGUACAAUCAUCCACCGCCGAAGGCCAAUACAAGGGUGUCUGGGCGAGCCUGGUUCGAAUGUGGAAGGAGGAGGGCGUCAGGGGAUAUCUGAGAGGAAAUGGGAUUAACUGCUUGAGAAUCGUACCUUAUAGCGCUGUUCAGUUCACCACAUACGAGCAAUUGAAGAAGUGGCUCACAAACUACGGGGAGAAAGAGUUGGACACUCGGACGCGGCUCACCGCCGGUGCUCUCGCCGGUAUAGCCUCCGUAUGCUCUACAUACCCUCUUGACCUUGUGCGGUCGCGAUUAUCCAUUGCGACCGCUUCGAUACCCAUUCAGACUGCCGCCCCAGCCCCGUCCGCGAAGCCGGCAUUAGCAUCCGCAUACCAUACCUCCUCCGCUGCACCCCUUCCUGCAUCAAAAGCCUUGAACUCCAGGGAUUUGACGGUGUGGAGCAUGACUUUGAGGGUCGUGCGUGAAGAAGGUGGGGUCCGUGCUCUGUACCGAGGGAUCGUUGCCACGGCCGUCGGGGUGGCGCCAUACGUGGGAAUCAACUUUGCCGCUUACGAAGCGCUCAGAGGAAUCAUCACGCCGCCCGGGAAGAGCAGUGUUCCCCGGAAACUGUUCUGCGGGGCGCUCGCGGGCUCGAUCUCCCAGACCAUCACAUAUCCGUUCGAUGUAUUGCGCCGCAAGAUGCAAGUGACAGGAAUGGGCGGAUUCGGCAAGAAGUACGACGGGGCAUUGGAUGCCCUCCGGAGUACUCUGCAGACGGAAGGUCCGAAGGGCUUGUACAGAGGGCUGUGGCCGAAUCUACUGAAGGUGGCGCCGAGCAUCGCGACGUCGUUCUUCACGUAUGAGCUCGUGAAGGAGUUCCUGCUCGGAACGUCGUGAUUGUGGCGGUCCCGCAUGACGCGCAGUCGCGCUCGCUUCUUGCGGUCUUGGCCGGGCAGUUGUGCAUAUGGGUGGUGUGGGCAGACGAGCCCUGGCCGCUGGAUCGUUCGUGCAUCAGAAGGGGGAGGGGGGUUCGCAGUUGAGUCGCAUAUUCGAAGGUCGAUGCACGAUCAGGCAGAUGAGCAUUAUCGCAUGGAACGGACUCGAUUUGUAGAGGACUAGCUACGGAUAGACUAGUACGCGCAUACUAUAGUGUAGAAUACCAUUGCAUGCCUGUUGCAUACGCUUCGAACGGGAGGGCAGGGAGCGUAUUCAAUUUUGCGGAUGCUAUAGGCCCUUGGCGGGGUGCCUUGCGCGCUAGGGCCCGACGAGACUGUGCCGGAUUGGCAAACGGGCGUGACCCAUCCAGACACAUCUGCGGAGUGCGCAGGAGCCCUUCGAAGUGGGAGGAUGGCUGGCCUAUUCUGGGGUGAGAGAAC